AUGUCAUAUUAUGACCCUUAUCAAGAUAUGUCUCAACAAUUUAUGGGACAACCUCCAUUUUAUCCACAAUUUUAUCCACAGCAACAACAAAAUCAAAAUAAUGACCACGAAUCUGUAUUAUUAAAUAAUGAUCAUCAAAGUUUAAAUUCAGUUUAUUCAGGUAAUGGUAAUAAUAAUAAUAAUUCAUCAGUUAUAAAUCAUUCAUUUGAUGAUUAUCCACAAUAUCAACAAGAUUCAGAAUAUCAAAAUUUUAAUGGAAUUAUUGAUGCUCCAAAUAUUGGUACUACUACUGGUGGAGAAUUUUAUACUGAAGAUGGUAUGAUUACCAAUCAACAUUUAAAUUAUUCAAAUCAAUCAAAUGAUUUAUUAUUUCAACAACAAUCGCAGCAUCAACAACAAAUACAACCAAAUAAUUCAGUUGCUCCUUCAAGAACAGUGUAUUUAGGAAAUUUACCAUCGGACGUAUUACCUAAUGAGUUAUUAGAUUAUGUUAGACUGGGAAUUUUAGAAAAUGUUCGUAUUUUACCAAAUAAAAAUUGUGCAUUUAUUUCAUUUAUUGAUCAACAAUCAGCUUUAUUAUUUCAUUCAGAUUGUAUUUUAAAAAAAUUAAAUAUAAAAGGUCAUGACAUAAGAAUUGGUUGGGGUAAAAAUUCAGCAAUUUUACCUGCUGUAAUGGAAGCAAUUCAAAAAGAUGGUGCUACAAGAAAUGUAUACCUUGGAAAUUUAAAUAAUCCAUUAACUGGAAAUUUAAUAACUGAAGAAGAUUUAAAAGAAGAUUUAUCGUGUUAUGGAAUUAUUGAUUGUAUUAAAAUUAUACCAGAAAAAGGAAUUGCAUUUAUACAUUUUUUAUCAAUUUUAAGUGCUAUUAGAUGUGUUGCAAAUUUACCAUUAAAAGAAAAAUAUUUGGAUAAAAAAUGUUUUUAUGGUAAAGAUCGUUGUGCGUUUAUAACUAAAACUCAACAACAUAAUGCUGCUCAAUAUUUAGGUUUAGCACCAGGUAUGGAACAUAUUGUAACAGCAGCAGAUCGUGAAUUUAUUUCAUCUGCAUUAGUACAACAAUCAGCAGCAGCUGCACAAAUUGCAACUCAAGCUGGUGGAGCAAAUAAUUUGGGAAAUAGAACAGUUUAUUUAGGAAAUUUACAUCAAGAUUCAUCAAUUGAAGAAAUUUGUAAUGUUGUUAGAGGUGGAUUAUUACAGAGUAUACGUUUUUUAAAAGAAAGACAUGUUUGUUUUAUAACAUUUAUUGAUCCAAUUGCGGCAGCUCAAUUUUUUGCAAUGUGUCAAUUACAUGGUUUAACUAUUCAUAAUAGAAGAAUUAAAGUUGGUUGGGGUAAACAUUCAGGACCAUUAUCAAAUGCAUUAUCAUUGGCAGUUUCAAAUGGUGCAUCAAGAAAUAUUUAUAUUGGAAAUAUUACAAAUUUUGAAUAUUAUAAUCCAGGAAAAUUAAGAGAUGAUUUUGGUAAAUUUGGAGAUAUUGAACAAAUAAAUUAUUUACAAGAAAAGAAUUGUGCUUUCAUAAAUUUUGUAAAUAUUGCAAAUGCAAUAAAGGCAAUUGAUGGAAUUAAAUCAUUUCAAGAUUAUAAAAAUUUAAAGAUAAAUUUUGGAAAAGAUAGAUGUGGAAAUUUACCAAGACAAUUUCAAAAUCAAAAUUUAGCAAAUGCGAACAAUAAUAAUACAGCAAAUAUAAGUUCAAAUAAUAUAAGUUCAACGGCAUUAAAUGGUGGUCCAUUGGGUAUUUUAAAUAAUGAUGAUGGUUCUCAACCAUCAUUUAUUGAAUCCUCAUCACCAUCACCACAACCAAUACAGCAACAAGCGCAAAAUUUUGCAUAA